AUGUCCGAACAACCACUUCUUCAGAGCGCCCCCGUUUCAACCGGGCCAGGCAAACGCAUCGCCCUGCCGACACGCGUCGAGCCCAAGGUCUUCUUUGCCAAUGAGCGGACCUUCCUCUCGUGGCUCAAUUUCACCGUCAUCCUGGGAGGGCUGGCCGUCGGCCUCCUCAACUUCGGAGACUCGGUCGGCCGCAUAUCCGCGGGACUCUUCACCCUGGUGGCCAUGGCGGCCAUGAUAUACGCACUCGUCACGUUCCACUGGCGAGCGAAGGCUAUCCGAGUCAGGGGCCAGGGUGGGUUCGACGACCGGAUUGGACCGACUGUGCUGGCCGUCGCCCUUCUCGCAGCUGUCAUUGUCAACUUCGUGCUUAGGGUGGUCGAGUCGUAG